GUUGCUCGAGUACCUCUACUGACCUCUGACGCAUACUCACCACGCAAAGGCAAAUGACUCUACUCUCUGGUGCUAUCGCUUCAGAGCAUGUCACAGCCUCUAAGAUCGGCGCAGGUAUCCUCAAAGCCGGCGGUAAUGCCGCCGACGCGGUUGUCGCAACCAUACUGGCUCUGGGCACAGUGUGCAUGUAUCAUUCAGACCUCGGCGGGGGAGGUUUCGCCAUCAUACGGACGUCUGACGGAAGACAUGAAGCACUGGACUUUAGGCAGUGUGCACCGGCGGCUGCCCAUGCGGAUAUGGUGAUGGAUGCGGCCUCACCAAGAGGUAUGACCGUCGCUGUACCUGGACAGUUGAAAGGUCUGGAAGCUUUACAUCAACGACAUGGUCGACUGCCAUGGAGCCGGCUUUUUGCGGAGUCCAUUCAACUGGCUGAAAAUGGAUUCCAGAUGAGACAUGACCUGUAUCAUUACUGCAGCAACGGCAAAAGCCCUUAUAUCACCUCUCGGAGGGGCACCAGGACUGAGCGAGAUAAGGCUUUCGACUUCUUGUUCGACGAUCAUGGAGAUAUCCUAUCACAAGGCUCCAUAAUCAAGCGUUCGGCGUAUUCUAAAGUCCUCCGAGCGGUAGCAGAAAGAGGAUCAAAACGCCUUCUACACCGGUCCAAUAGCCCAAGACAUCACUACAAGGUCAAUUGGUCAGAUCCUAUUCAGGGCAAGUUCAAAGAUAAGACCCUAUGGAGUGUACCGGCACCUGCUUCAGGGUCCAUCUGGAUACAUGCAAUGAGCAUGUUGGCGCACCUGGAAAUCGAUCGGGCAGGCACCAGCGAAGAUUUGCAUAAGAUGAUAGAGGUUCAGCGGCUGGCUUAUCCUCAACGAACAAAAUUAGGAGAUCCAGCAUUCAUCGAGGGCAUCUCGAAUAUCGAAAGGGCCCUCGUUGAUCCAUUACUGUGCCAGGAACGGGCCAGGACGAUCGACGAUCAGACACACGUUCCAGAUCACUAUAAGAAAGCAUUCUCGACCAAGUUUGACCGAGGCACCUCAAAUAUCACUGUGGCAGACUCGGACGGUCUCGUCAUUAGUAUAACCACGACUGUGGGAUCCAAUUUUGGGUCAGGCAUCAUCGUACCCGAACUCGGAAUGGUUCUCAACGACAGUAUGCAGGACUUUUCCUCGAAAGGGAUUGCCAACUGGACAGGGUAUGAAUCGAGCACAGCGAAUUAUAGUGAGCCAUUUUACUUGGAUUUGUUGACACACAUAGUCGCCGGCGGCAAACGACCUUUGAGCUCUAGCUGUCCAUAUAUCGUUGAGGACGCUCAAGGUAAUCCUAUACUGGCUGGUGGUGCAGCUGGAGGCAGCACGAUCAUUUCGGGAAACAUUCAAGUGGCGAGAAACGUGCUUGAACACGGCAUGACCGCAAGCGAAGCACUGCGUUCAACCCGCGUUCAUAAUCAGCUAUCCCCUAAUUCAACUCAGGUGGAGCAUGCCUCAACGCAUCUGGGCGUCCUGGUGGAGGGUCUCUCGCCCGAUCAAGCUGCUGCAUUAGAAUCUAGAGGUCAUGUAUUGGAAUGGCUACCAGAGAGCAGAUUAGUCGCUUGCUGUAUAAAAUUCCAUUACACGAACAAGGGGAUAGAAUGGGACGCCGCGGCAGAUCCUCGCAAAGAGGACUCAGGUGCUUCUGUGUACAUGACCUAGGGAAACACAUGUCGAGACCGUUUGGGCAGCGCGGUAGUCAAGUUGAAGGGACUGUUUAGUGGUCUAGACAGUCCAGCUUCUUGUUAGUGCCCCUAUGAUGCAUGGCUGCCACGUCC